UCCGUUUCGCUUCGGGGAGACUCCGUUGCGCCCGUAAUGGCUUUAUGAUUGGUUACAGGCAUUUCCGUAGCGACCUCGGGAUUGGUCCCGAGGACGCUCGGCUGUUUCCGUGAGGGCCUCGGGCUGGGGUCUAACGAAUGCGUCGGGCUCUUCGGCUGGGUAUUCACUGAAGGCGUUUACGGCCAUUCCGCAACGUAGGGCGGCGACAGGCAUAGGCGGCUGCGCGGCUUUGGCGCACACACAGAGCGCAGCAGCAGGAGCCCGGCACGCAGCGGAGGCAGCAGCGGGGACAAAGGGACUGAUCGGCACAAACAGGGAGGGGGGCCUGGCAGAAGGCAGCCAGCCCCGGGAGGGAGCGGCAGGAGGCUUCAGCCGGGCGGGCGAGUCCCAUGUGCCUUGGGCGCCCGGGGAAGCAGCACUAACCGCCGCCGUCAGCGCUCUGAAGCCGGCUGAGGAAGAACCGCGGAGCCGUCGCCGUCGUCAUGGCCUGCGCCACCGCCGCCGGCCACGUCCCGCAGUGCAGCGUCCCCAGCCUGAUCCGCCGCCAGCUGCCCCUGCGGGCGCAAUGAGGAGCCCCGCCGGAGCCGCCGCCUCAGCGCCGCACUGAGAAGCCUUCGUGAGCGAGCGAGGCCGCCCGGGCCGCUUCACCCCUGCUCCGCCCGCCGCGGAUCCCGCCGCCACUGCCGGAUCCCCUUGCGAGCGGUCGCAUCGCCUCCAGUCGGCGGAGAUCCCUCCGCCGUCGGAUAAAAAAAUAGUCCCUUUCCCUGCCGCCUCCCUCAGAGGCGAGGUGAAGCAAAGGAGAGGGGAGGGGGGGAAGAGGAGGAAGGAAAAGAAGGGAAAGAAAAAAGCGGAAAAGGGGAUAAGAAACCCAAGAGACGCAGCGGCGGGAUCAGAGGAGCCGGGCCGUGAGCCGCCGCCCCAUGUGACUGGCGCCCGGGGUGGGGGCAGCGAGGCCUAGCCAACCCCCCUCGCUCGCGGCCGGGAGCGGGAGCGGCGCCGGCCCGGGGGGGCUGCGGACUGGGCGGAGGCAGCUCUCGGACCCACCGGCGCUGCCGGGAAGGAUGGUUUUGUGAGGAACGGGCGGCGUGAGGAAGAAGAGGAACACGAAGGAGAAGCAGCAGCCGCCGCCGAGCGCUACAGAGACCGCGAGGGGAGGGGGCUUCCCCGGGGGGGGGGGGAAGGGGGGACCCCGGCAUUUCAUGUGGCGCGUCCCGCCCGUCUCCUCCAGCUGAGCGAGGGAGCGGCAGACGGGCCCGCCGGGGCGAGGCGGAGGAGUGGAAAAGGCAGGAAGAGAACGGUGAUCGGGGCACAGUAGGAGCGGGAGAACCAUGUCCGGGCGGCCCAGGACCACCUCCUUCGCGGAGAGCUGCAAGCCGGUGCAGCAGCCCUCGGCCUUCGGCAGCAUGAAAGUUAGCCGAGACAAAGAUGGCAGCAAAGUGACUACAGUAGUGGCAACUCCUGGACAAGGUCCGGACCGACCACAAGAAGUUAGCUACACAGACACCAAGGUUAUCGGAAAUGGAUCUUUUGGUGUUGUGUAUCAAGCCAAACUCUGUGAUUCAGGAGAGCUUGUGGCCAUUAAGAAAGUCCUGCAGGAUAAAAGAUUUAAGAACAGAGAGCUCCAGAUUAUGAGAAAGUUGGAUCAUUGUAACAUUGUCCGAUUGCGUUAUUUCUUCUACUCUAGUGGAGAGAAGAAAGAUGAGGUGUACCUCAACCUGGUGCUGGACUAUGUUCCUGAAACAGUAUACAGAGUUGCCAGACAUUAUAGUCGGGCCAAACAGACACUCCCUAUGAUUUACGUCAAGUUAUACAUGUAUCAGCUGUUCCGGAGUUUAGCCUAUAUCCACUCCUUUGGGAUCUGCCACCGGGAUAUAAAACCACAGAACCUCUUGCUGGACCCUGAUACAGCUGUUCUAAAACUCUGCGACUUCGGAAGUGCAAAACAGCUGGUUCGUGGAGAACCUAAUGUCUCAUACAUCUGCUCUCGGUACUACAGGGCACCAGAGUUGAUCUUUGGAGCCACCGAUUAUACCUCCAGUAUAGAUGUGUGGUCAGCAGGCUGUGUAUUGGCUGAACUGUUACUAGGACAACCAAUCUUUCCAGGUGACAGUGGUGUGGAUCAGUUGGUGGAAAUAAUCAAGGUUCUGGGAACGCCUACAAGGGAGCAAAUUAGAGAAAUGAAUCCGAACUAUACUGAAUUCAAAUUCCCUCAGAUUAAGGCACAUCCAUGGACUAAGGACUCGUCAGGAACAGGACAUUUCACCUCAGGAGUACGGGUCUUCCGGCCCCGCACUCCACCAGAAGCAAUCGCGCUAUGUAGCCGUCUGUUGGAGUACACCCCCACUGCCCGCCUGACUCCCCUGGAGGCCUGUGCGCACUCUUUCUUCGAUGAACUACGGGACCCAAAUGUCAAGUUACCAAAUGGGCGAGAGAAACCUGCACUCUUCAAUUUCACCACUCAAGAACUGUCAAGUAACCCAUCUCUGGCUUCGAUCCUCAUCCCUGCUCAUGCAAGGAACCAAGCAGCUGCUUCAACCCCUACAAACGCUACAGCGGCCUCAGAUGUUAACGCAGGAGAACGAGUUCAGACCAAUAGCGUAGCUACAGCAUCAGCCUCCAACUCCACCUGAACCAGUACCAAGCAGCCAGCUGCACAGGAAAAAUCACCAGUAAUUUUGAGUCUUGCUCAGCAGCACUGGUCUCAUUUGGAAAGAAAAUUAAAAAAGAGGAGAGGAAAAAAAAAACCCAAAAAAAAAAAAAAAAGGAAAGAAAACAAAAAAAAAAAAGGAAAAAACCAACCAACCAAGCAACCUGUUCAUUUUAGUGUUCAAUUUUUUAUUAUUAUUAUUGUUGUUCUUAUUUAACCUUGUAAAAUAUCUAUAAAUACAAACCAGUUUCAUUGUAUUCUCACUCUGCAGGGUGUCCGGGGCAGGGGACUUAGGUGGGGGGGGAGGAGGGAAAGCGGAGCAAUACAACACACCAAUGUCUCUCCCCUCGACAAUCUCUUCAUGUUGGAAGUUUGCUGUUGUGUACUUCAGAACCAGGACUCUUGCCUCAUGCCCUCUCCCACAACAGAAAGAAGGAAAACAAAAAAAAAAACAAAAAAGGAAAAAAAAAACACCAAAACAAAAAAAAAAACCCAAACCUCAUUCUCUGCUGAAAUUUUCUUUUUUUUUUUUUUUUUUUCUUUUUUUUCUUUUUUUUAACCUCUUUUUUUGUUUUCUUUUUAAGUGAAGUUUUGGACUUCGAUGUAGUUACACAGCUUGAAUUUGGUCGGGAGCUUAGCAGGGGUCAUUCGGCAGAGCUCAGCCUUUCUUGUCAGCCAAUCCAUUCUCCCAGGUUGUCUGAAGAACUGCCCCGGCUCGGGAUGGGGAGCGGGCAACGUGGUAGGGAAAUAGGUUGCCAUAGGGUGAGGGGGGGGGUGGGAGGGUUUGCUGUGUAUCGAAGGCUUGACCUGCUAGUGGAAGCCUUUCAUUGUAAAAACCAGUGCUAGCAGUGAGGAAACCUGCAGCUUCAGUAAGGGAAAAGUCUACCCCCGUGGGUAUGUAUAAUAUAAUACACACACAUGCACGACCGCAGGCCGUUAGCGUUUGGAAGCAGCUCCUUUGCCCCGCUGGAGCUCCUGCCCCGUGUCGUGAGCCGGUGCCGGCACCCAGUCAGCUCCCAUCUUCAGCAGAGAAGAGCGGACGAACAAAUCCCUCGGCCUGACUGGGGGUGUUUAAGGGACUCUUUGGGAAGUGGCCGCUGCGAAAGUGGGUUUGGUUUCGGGGUUUAUUUCAGUUCCUCUUCUCUUCUCCCCAGCUUCCCCCGGCUCUCGGUUUGGACAGGCUGCCCUUUCCCAAGGUGCGCCCAGGAGGAGGACACCAGGGUUUAUAAUGUGAACUGUUAACAGUCUACUGGUUUCUUUUGUAAUACCUUCCUUUUUUAACGGCAGUUUUAACUCGCAGGAUGCCACGUUCUCCGAUAGCUCUGAUUUUAAAUCCACAGCUAGAACCUGUAUUUAAUUUCAUCUUUUUUAACCUCUUGCUGCUUCUUCUUUUUUGAUCUCUAUUUAUUGAUGCGUGUUGCCACGUUGCCAUUAUGGUUUUACAUUUGGUAGAAUAUUAAAAUACACAUCCAAGUGCUCUCGACAGUAAUAUGUACCUGCUGACUUGUAGGAAAGCUGGCUAUAUAUGAGUGUGUGUGUAUAUAUAUUAUAUAAAUAUAUACAUGUAUACAUAGAUACAA